GUUGUUUUGCCGCAGGGUCAGUGAAUAAAUCCGCUUUUCUUUUCUUGAAUUUUCUGCACUAAAUUGCAGAAACAGCUCUAAAAACAACCCGGCGCCCGAGGGACCGGCUCCGCGACGACCGACAUGAAAGGCAAAGAGCGGUCGCCCAUUAAGAAGCGCUCCCGGGCCUUGGACGAGAUCCGAGACCGGGGAGGAGGAUGCCACCCGACCAGCAAGAAAAUGGGGGCUCUCUCCGUUUCCAGUGGGAGUAAUAAUGGGAACAGCUCGACCAAAGGUGACGGCGGCGGCUCCGCGAGAAGGAGCCUGCUCGGCGAGAAGAGGGACCGGGACUUCGACAGCCACAGCCGGACUGGGAACAACCACAGCUGCCAGUCCGCGGCCGCCAGCUCCGUGGGUAAGAACCACAGCCUGAGCCUGCCGCUGGAUUUAGCCCCGCCGAGGAGCACGUCGCGGGGGGAGCAGCGGGUCCAGCCGCCGGCCGUCGAGAGUGAGUACAAGACCCUGAAAAUCAGCGACCUCGGCACCCAGCUGAGCGACGAGGACAUCGAGGACGGGCUCUUCCACGAGUUCAAGAAAUUCGGGGACGUGAGCGUGAAGAUCAGCCGCAGCAACGACGAGCGGAUCGCCUUCGUGAACUUCCGGAAGCCGGAGGACGCCCGGGCCGCGAAGCACGCCCGCGGCCGGCUGGUGCUGUACGACCGGCCGCUGAAGAUCGAGGCGGUGUACAUCAACCGGAGGAGGAGCCGCUCCCCGGUGGAGAGGGACCUGUACGGGGCGGCCCAGAGCCACAGGCACCUGCAGAGAGCCCUCUCGCCCACGGGGCUCGGGUACCGGGACUACCGGCUGCAGCAGCUGGCCCUGGGCCGGCUCCCCCCGCCGCCGCCGCCCCCUCUGCCCAGAGACCUGGAGCGGGACCGGGAGUUCGCCCUGUUCGAGGCCCGGGCGCGUCCGGCUUUCAUCGCGGAGCGAGCAGCUUUCCGCGAGGAGGAUUUUAUCUCCCCCGAGGACGACCAAAGAGCCAACAGGACGUUGUUUUUAGGCAACCUGGACAUCACGGUGACAGAGGCCGACCUGAGGAGAGCCUUCGACCGGUUCGGGGUGAUCACAGAGGUGGACAUUAAAAGACCCACACGGGGACAAACCAGCACGUAUGGAUUUCUGAAAUUUGAGAACCUGGACAUGGCUCACCGUGCUAAGCUCAGCAUGUCUGGGAAAAUAGUGGGCCGCAACCCCAUCAAGAUAGGCUAUGGGAAAGCAACUCCCACCACCCGCCUGUGGGUGGGUGGGCUUGGACCCUGGGUUCCCCUGGCUGCUCUGGCGAGGGAGUUUGAUCGCUUUGGCACUAUAAGGACCAUUGACUACAGGAAGGGGGACACCUGGGCCUACAUUCAGUAUGAAAGUUUGGACGCUGCACAGGCGGCAUGCACACACAUGAGGGGCUUCCCGUUGGGGGGUCCCGAGAGAAGACUGAGAGUGGACUUUGCUGACACUGAACAUCGUUACCAGCAGCAGUUCCUGCAGCCGCUCCCUAUCCCACCUUUUGACAUGGUGGCGGAGUCAUUUGUCCACCGUGCCACACCUGAACCGCUGAGGGUCAGGGAACGGACUCCACCGCCGCUUCACUUUAGGGAGAGAGAACUCUUUCCAGGAGCUGAGUGGCCCAACCCAACUAUUCGUGAGCGAGUACGCGCCUCACCCUUCGAGCCUCUGGAUCACCUGGAGCGUGAGCGCCGGGCACGGGAGCCCUGGUCUCUGGAGCGAGAGCUGCAGGGACGGGAACCUGUUCGCAAACGGCGUGUAAUGGAGGACGGCCGUCACGUAGACCACUCCCCUGACAGCACUGAUAGGACAGUAAGGCGAAGGCGUGCUUCUCCAGAUGGCAGUCCUGGAGGUAGCAGCAGAGAUGGAGGCCGCUUCAGUGACUCCGAGCGCCCUGUGCGGGGAGAAAGACCCUCCCCAGUACGAGAACGCCACACCAGCCUGGAGAGAGGUGGUGCUGAACGGAGACUAAAAAACCAGAGUCUCUCUGACAAGGCACCGUUAAGCAGCAGUGUUUCAGCAGUUGGAGAGCGAAAGCGCAAAGCAGGUGACGGUGGCAAAGGGCCGGCUAAGAGAGAACGUUCUGACACCAGCUCCAAGGGAGGCCAGCUGUCCAAGUCGGACGGCACCAGACUCAGUUUGGCCUGGCAGGGCAUGCUGCUGCUGAAGAACAGCAACUUUCCAGCCAACAUGCACCUGCUGGAGGGCGACCACAACGUAGCCAGUGACCUGCUCGCCGACACCACAGUGGGGAGGCAGGUGAGCGAGCUAAAGAUCACCCAGCGUCUCCGCCUGGACCAGCCCAAGCUGGACGAGGUGUCCCGACGCAUCAAGGUGGCCGGCCCCGACGGCUACGCCAUUCUACUGGCAGUUCCCGGCACCACAGAGGAUCCAUCUUCGUCCGACCCCGCGGUCUCAACCCAGCGGCCGCUUCGGAACCUGGUUUCCUACCUCAACCAAAAACAAGCAGCAGGAGUCAUCAGCCUGCCCGUGGGGGGGAGCAGAGAUAAAGACAACACAGGGGUUCUUCAUGCUUUCCCUCCCUGUGAAUUCUCUCAGCAGUUCCUGGAUUCCUCUGCUAAAGCUCUGGCUAAAAGUGAAGAGGACUAUCUGGUCAUGAUUGUGGUGCGUGGAGCAUCUUAAAAAAAUCUGAACACACUAAGUUCAAGUCAUGUAAAAAAAAAAAAAAAGAUCUGCUGUAUGUCAGUAACUAUUGCAUGCUGUGUGUUCUGCAUUAUGGGGUGCACUAGUAUGGUUCUUGAGUGUUUGUAUGUAGCCAUGUAAUCCACUAAAGGGGAGAAACUGUGCCCUACAAAACUAAGAGGUUGUUUGGUUUUGAAAUUAUUUUUAAAAGGGUGUAUGAGAGAACUGCUCACUAAGUCAGAAACCAUUCAGUCAGAAUACUGUAAAACACAAGGAGCAUUUGAGGAGUCAAUUUCGAUGAAAUUUAACAAGACUCAGAUUAUAUAGAAAACUUGGUUAAUUUGCAGGUUUAAUAUCUCAGCUAUCCAGAUAUAUCCUGAGAAAAUGUUUGAUAAAUUAGAAAUAGGAGUGGACACAAAAACACCUCUACGACAGUUAAACCACAAAUGAUGAAUUGAGUGGAAUCCAGUGUAAACAAAAGCUACCAAUGACAAGCUUAACAAAGUUCUUGGACUAAUAUAAGUAUAUAAAGACAAAUAUUGUCUUUACCGGUGUUGCUCUGUCUACCUCCUAAACAGGUACUUACACAAGGAGUAAUUCGAAGAUAUUAUUUUAAAGCUAUUUCUACUACAUUCAUGUUUUGAUUGAUGGAUACAAAGGUGAGCAUGACAAUUUUGAAAUCAGGGUUUUCAGUGAAGGUUUAAUGAAUUAUUUUGUACUGAAGCUACAAAGAAACGGCCCUGUUAACAUUUUGUUGGUUUAAACAUGUUGCACAGCUCUUCUUCAGUGCACCACGCUCCACAGACCAAAGGUUUCUGGCUGUCAUGCCUUCAUCAGUUAACCAUCGUGAUGAAGGCAUGACAGCUUGAAAAUAUGGUAAAAGGAGAGUGGUGUGCAGAAGAAGUGCUUUUUGGUUAAAUUUCAAUGGGCUUGAAUUGAAGCUCACUCGGUCCCUGUGUUUUCAAAGAAAAAAAAAUAUUCUGAAGCUCACCAGAUGCAUUUCAGUUACCUACAUUGUUAUCUGUGUUUGAAAAAAAAUUGUCAAGGUUCAUUGGUUUGGAUCCGAGUGUAUUUUAUUGUGUUCCUCAGUACUGGAACACUAAAUUGCAAGAUAGACAAUGAACUCGGUGUGUGUCCCGUCCACGGGUAAAACCAAAUCAUCCUGUCAACUCUGUGGAAUGCUGACUACUAACAGAUGUGAGUUUUGCCCAGGGAACAGCCCGUAAUUCAAUACGCAUAGCAUAGUAAAGCAAAUACUAACAUUUUUCUCAUAUUUUCUACUUAAUAUUUUAUUUCGUGCAUCCCUACCUUAGGAAUGGUUGUGUAAUGUUAUCUAUGGAAAAAAAACUACAGUAGUAAUGGAUAAAAAGCUUAGAGAAGUUUGUGUUGAUAUUUGACAGUCUGUUUCACUUUUUGCUCUGAACCCAGUAAGUUCUCCAAGAAUAAUAAUAAUCAAUAUAAUGAAAUUGUUGGUAACAAGUAACAAAUGCCUGCCAUUUUGUCAGUAAGAUGGUUUGUGUCAUUUUUAAGUUUUUGCAGUAACUUGACAGUUAACAUUGGAAUUUUAAUUUUAGAGGUCUAAAUUUAUAUAUUUUACUCAUGACUGCUAACAUGUUCCAAAGGCAUACUUCCCGUAUUAUCUUUUGCCAUUGUAUGUUUAGCCUGCAAUAGUUAUCCACUCUGAUUUAUAAUUUGCUGAGUUUGGUUUAACAUGUAUUGAAAACAUUGAUGUGUGGGAAAGUUGUUGUGUGUCAACGUCACACCCACUGCGACGCUGGACUCCAGAGGAGACGAGUGCAGAGCUGAAAGCCUCUGCGGAGAAGGCCACAUUGUGUUUGUGAGUCCUCGCUGACGAGGCAGCUUUUAAGUUGUGUAGCCCAUCUGCACCUGUGAUGACUUCUGUUAAAAAUGGAAAAAUUGAGCAAUGUACACUUUGAUGUCAUGGGAAAGGAAAAUCCAUAGAGCCCACGCGAAGCUGUUCACAUACCUGAAAAGUGCGGUUGGGCACUCAAUGUGACCGAUUAUCAAUAAAUUGUUCAUUUGAA